GUGCGGGUGGGCUAUCUCCCCCCCCUCCCCUUCUGUCUGCACCACCUAGCCGACCACUACCGCCGCCGCCACCGUACGGCAGGUGCCGAGGCCUUCGUCGGUCUCUUCUCCGGCGACGAGCACCCAUCAGGAUUCUUGUUGCUCUCAGAAUGCUGAUUCUGCUUCCUCUGUCUCGUUUCAUCAGAGUAUAAGUAGCUGCUGUCAAAGUGUACAUGAGCAAUGGUUUGUGUUGGGUCCAAAGCAAUAAGACCCAAGGGGAGCACAGGAAAUGGCUUGGGAGAUGGAGCUUUAGAUGAUAGCUCACACAAGAAGAGGGCAAGGAAGGAUAAGAGCGAGAAACCCCGGAAAGGGGGUCACAGCUCGAGUAAAGGACCUUCUGUAGGGAAACCUCAGCAUGGGAAGGAUAGGAAGCAGAGCAGCGAUGAUGGGAAGAAAGGGAAACGGCGAGGAAAGGACCAUCAUUCAGGAAGCUCUGUGAUGGUGAAUCCCAGGACCAGGAACCUCAACAAUCAGGAUGCAUUACCAUCCUCCAUUACAUCAAAACCAGUACAAAAUGUUCUUAGGAAAAGAGUUGAUCCUGAAACUGCAAAGUACUUUAUGGAGAUCUCAAAUCUCUUUGAUAACAAGGAGAUUGAUUGUGAAGAGCGCUCGACUAUAUGUGCUAAUGCCUUAGAAGAAUCUAGAGGGAAAGAGCUUGAACUUGCCACCGAUGCUGUUAUAAGCCACACCUUGCAGGUUCUUAUAGAAGGCUGUGAGUUGGAGCAGUUAUGCACAUUCCUCCGCAAUUGUAUUGACAAUUUUUCUGUCAUUGCCAUGGACAAAAAUGGGUCGCAUGUAGCUGAAGCAGCUCUCAAGUCACUCGCAACACAUCUUGAAGAUGAAACCUCUAGGGCCAUGAUAGAAAAGAUACUGAACAAAAUAUGCAAGGUUAUUGCUGCAGAUGCUGCUAAUGUGAUGUCCAGCUGCUAUGGAUCACAUGUUCUCCGCACUCUGCUUUGUCUUUGUAAGGGUGUUCCGUCAGAGUGUCUUCAAGACUUCCACACUACUAAGAGAUCUGCUGUUCUAGCUGAGCGGUUGAGUUGUGGAACAAAUCAACCUAGUGGACAUGUUCCAAAGAAUUUUGAAAACGGUUUCUCAGGCAUGUUUAGGUCUUUCGUCAGAGAAAUGCUACAUAAUGCAAAAGCUGACAUUGCAACUUUACGAGUUGACAAGAACAGUAGCCUUGUUUUACAGACUGCAUUGAAGCUAUCUUCUGGUGAUGAUAAUGAAUUGCUUCAUAUAAUAUCAAUACUUCUUGGUUAUGAUGAAUAUAAUACCCUACAGAAGAGAGAUUACAGUGAAAAAAAGGAGGAGAUUGUUACUUUACUUGAAGAAAGUGCUUAUAGUCAUCUCUUGGAGGUGAUUGUCGAGGUUGCCCCAGAGCAAUUGCGCAAUGGUAUGCUUGCAGGUAGUCUGAAGGGUGCAUUAUUUGCAAUCUCAUCUCAUCACUGUGGCAACUAUGUGGUGCAAGCUUUCAUAUCAUCUGCUAAAACCUCAGAUCAGAUGAAUCAAAUAUGGGAGGAACUUGGUCCAAAAAUGAAGGAAUUGCUUGAACUAGGUAAAACAGGGGUUGUAGCUUCCAUCUUAGCGGCAUGCCAGCGGCUUGAAACUUAUCGCCUUGAGAGUUCUCAAGCUCUUGCUGCUGCAUUAAGUUCAGAUUCUGAGUCUCCUGAUAGCAUUGUUGCACAUAUACUUUUUCUUGAGAACUACCUACAUGAGAGAUCUUAUUGGAAAUGGACUCAUGGUGCAAAGAUGAGCAUUCUGGGUUGCUUGAUGCUGCAAUCUAUUUUCCAAUACCCGCAUCAAUAUAUUCGCCCAUAUGUCUCAAGCUUGCUGGCCAUGGGGGAUGAUCAGAUCCUCCAAAUUUCCAAGGAUUCAGGAGGUAGCCGUGUUCUUGAAUCUUUUCUAGGUUCAAGUGCCACUGCAAAGCGUAAAUUUAAAGUUUUUGGAAAGUUGCAAGGUCAUUACGGAGAGAUUGCUAUGAAUCCUUCUGGCUCAUUCUUAGUAGAGAAGUGCUUUACUGCCAGCAACUUUUCUCAUAAAGAGGCUAUAGUGGCAGAGCUGUUGGCUGUGCAAUCUGAACUAUCUAAAACAAGACAUGGGUUCCACUUGCUAAAGAAGCUGGAUGUCGAAAGAUAUGCUAGGCGACCUGAGCAGUGGAGAGCUAGUCAAACUUCAAAAGAAACAACUCAAAAGAAGUUUGAGGCAGAAUUUGGCUCAAACAGUCAAUCUACUGGGCAGAAUAUCAAAGAAAAGUUCUCUCAAAGUCCCAUGAAGAAACGUAAGCAGAAAGAGAAGGCUGACAAAAUUACUGAGGAUGCCAGGAGCAACAAACCAGAUUUCUCUCAGAAAGAAAACAGUAAGAGGCCAAAAUCUGCCAAGUCAUCUGCUGAGAGAGGAUCAAGUGCCAAGAACACCCGUGAAGGCACUGAUGCUAGUGCCAGCAUGAUGUUCUUGAAGGGCUCUGUCAAGAGGAAAUCCCCAGGUUUCCUUUCAGAUAAACCGAGCCUCAAGAAACAAAAACAUCACAAACUCGUUUCUGGUAGACCAGACGGUAAACUUUUUGUUCGAGAUAGUGGUACUAGUGCACCGUUUGUCAAGAAUGCUGGCAAACAGAAACAGUCCAUUGCUGAGCUCGCGGACCUGGCUGGUAAGGAGAAGCUGACUGCGUCUGAAGUUCGCAAAUUGCUGAAGCCUGAAAUGUCAGGCAAGAGCUAAUUAGUUCCAGAACUUGCCAGCAGGUGUAGGAAAUAUAAAUCAGGUCUUGCCCCUGUUGUCCUUAGGGCGAGCAGAGGGCCAGAGGCAGCAAUUUGUUGGUCAUCUUUCCUCAUAUGUUGCGGAAAGAAAUUGUAGCACGCGAGAUGGGUUUGUUUCAGUAGAGAUGUAUUCGUGAUGCCUGUCUUGAUACCUGUUUAUUUUGCUAAUGAAUUUGUUUGCCCCUGCAAAGGUUUGUUUGAUCCGCUGCUUGCUGAUAGUACAAAACAUGUAAAAAGAUGGUAGCCCUGCCCAGGGCAACAUCAUCCAUUGUAAGACCAAAUACUCAGUAAUAUAAUGUUAAUGCAGGAAA